GGGCUCAUGUCGGAGGAGUGCGGGCGGACUGCAGCCCUGGCGGCCGGGAGGACUCGGAAAGGCGCCGGGGAAGAGGGCCUGGUGAGCCCCGAGGGAGCGGGGGACGAGGACUCGUGCUCCUCCUCGGCCCCGCUGUCCCCGUCGUCUUCGCCCCGGUCCAUGGCCUCGGGCUCCGUCUGCCCCUCUGGCAAGUGUGUGUGCAACAGCUGCGGCCUGGAGAUCGUGGACAAGUACCUUCUCAAGGUGAAUGACCUGUGCUGGCAUGUUCGGUGUCUCUCCUGCAGUGUCUGCAGAACCUCCUUAGGAAGGCAUACCAGCUGUUAUAUUAAAGACAAAGAUAUUUUCUGCAAACUUGACUAUUUCAGAAGGUAUGGAACUCGCUGUUCUCGUUGUGGGAGGCACAUCCACUCUACUGACUGGGUCCGGAGGGCCAAGGGGAAUGUCUAUCACUUGGCAUGCUUUGCCUGCUUUUCUUGCAAAAGACAACUUUCCACGGGAGAGGAGUUUGCUUUGGUGGAAGAGAAAGUCCUCUGCAGAGUGCAUUAUGACUGCAUGCUGGAUAAUUUAAAAAGAGAAGUGGAAAAUGGUAAUGGGAUUAGUGUUGAAGGUGCCCUCCUCACAGAGCAAGAUGUUAAUCAUCCAAAACCAGCAAAAAGAGCUCGGACCAGCUUUACAGCAGAUCAGCUCCAGGUUAUGCAAGCACAAUUUGCUCAGGACAACAACCCAGAUGCACAGACCCUCCAGAAACUGGCAGAAAGGACAGGCUUGAGCAGACGUGUGAUACAGGUGUGGUUUCAGAAUUGUAGAGCUCGCCACAAGAAACACGUCAGCCCUAAUCACUCUUCCUCCACCCCAGUCACAGCAGGCCCGCCCUCCAGGCUGUCUCCACCGAUGUUAGAAGAAAUGGCUUAUUCUGCCUACGUGCCCCAAGACGGGACGAUGUUAACUGCGCUGCAUAGUUAUAUGGAUGCUCAUUCACCAACAACUCUUGGACUCCAGCCCUUGUUACCCCAUUCAAUGACACAACUGCCAAUAAGUCAUACCUAA